UGCCUAUAAACUAGGUGGGUAUCCUAGUACUGUAAUGCUUCCGUGACACGUGUGUUGUACUUAGUCGAUCUGCAAAGGGGAAAUAACUAACUUUACCUUUUUGGCCCAUUAAUUUGGGCGCUAUUUUCUUUAUAUAUUCUCAACGGCUUUGACGGUUAAGCAGUCACGAUGGUGAAGCCUCAGUUCAAGGGAAAAAGCUCCAUUAAUCCCUCGUCGUCCAGCAGCAACCCUGAUCGGGUCAAGGGUGCUGGCGGCAGCAACAUGAGGGAUCGUGCCACAAUCAACCGUCUGAAUAUGUACAGACAAAAACAGAGAUGCAACAACAGAGGCAAAAUCGUCAAACCUUUACAGUACCAGUCCACUGUGGCACCCGGGACAGUGGCCAGAGUCGAACCCAACAUCAAAUGGUUUAUAAACACACGGGUAAUCAAGCAGACCUCCCUGCAGAAGUUCCAAGAGGAGAUGAGCGCCGUGCAGAGCGAUCCGUACCGCGUCGUGAUGAGACAGAGCAAAUUGCCCAUGUCGCUGCUGCACGACCGAGUCAAAGCGCAUAACUCCAAGGUGCACAUUUUGGACACGGAGGCUUUCGAGAUUACAUUUGGACCCAAGGCUCAGAGGAAGAGGCCCAGUCUUAUGGUGUCUGACGUCAAGGACCUGUUGGAGAAAGCUGAAGCUUCGACCAUGAGCUAUAACGCUGACAAGGACAAAGACCUGGUGACUGAGGAUACAGGGGUUCGUGAUGUAGUCCGUGAGGAGAUCUUCAAAAAGGGCCAGUCCAAAAGGAUUUGGGGAGAGCUUUACAAGGUCAUUGACUCGUCUGACGUCGUGAUCCAAGUGUUGGAUGCCCGUGACCCCAUGGGCACACGCUCGCAGAGCAUCGAGUCCUACAUAAAGAAGGAGAAGUCGUGGAAGCAUUUGAUCUUUGUGCUCAACAAGUGUGACCUCAUCCCCACUUGGGUCACCAAGCGCUGGGUAGCGCUAUUGUCUCAGGAGUACCCUACCUUGGCUUUUCAUGCCAGCCUUACAAACUCAUUCGGUAAAGGCUCCCUUAUUCAGCUCCUCAGACAAUUUGGCAAGCUCCAUACAGACAAGAAACAAAUCAGCGUGGGCUUCAUCGGUUACCCCAACGUGGGCAAAAGCUCAGUUAUUAACACUCUGCGCUGCAAGAAAGUCUGCAAUGUGGCGCCCAUUGCUGGAGAAACCAAGGUGUGGCAAUACAUCACUUUGAUGAGACGAAUAUUCCUCAUCGAUUGUCCUGGCGUGGUCUACCCUUCAGAGGACAGCGAAACUGAUAUUGUUCUCAAAGGAGUGGUUCAAGUGGAGAAGAUCAAGAACCCUGAAGAGCACAUUGGGGCGGUUCUGCAGCGAGCUAAGCCAGAGUACAUCCAGAAGACCUACCGGAUCCCCACAUGGAGUUCGGCGGAGGAUUUCCUUGAGAAAUUGGCAUUCCGCACUGGGAAACUUUUGAAGGGCGGAGAACCAGAUGUGUCCACGGUGUCCAAAAUGGUGUUGAAUGAUUGGCAGAGGGGGCGUAUACCUUUUUUCGUGAAGCCUCCAGGGCCUGAGGGUGACCAAGAGGAACCUUUGCCAGUAAAAGAUCUGUUACUGGGAGUUGACAGCGCGCAAGACGUAAAAACAGAGGAGACUGAACUCACCCCUGCCACCGCUGAAAAUGAAGACCAGCAGAAGCAACAACAGAAGGAGCAACUUAACAAGAUUUUGUCCAACGUGCGGCAGAACUUUGGAAAGAUCAAUGUGGCGCCCGAGUUCAACGAAGAGGACCUGGUCCCUGUGGAGAUGCCCGACCUGGACAUCUCUGACAUUUCUGGCUCAGAGGCUGAGGAGGAGGAACGUGAGCAGGACAGUGAGGAAGAGGAAAGUGUAAAACCAGAAGAUGAGGAUAAAGCCAGUGAACCACCCUGUGAAGAGAGUUCUGUCACUGGGAAGAAGAAUUCCAAGCAGGUCAUCCGCGAACUAGAUGAGAAGAUUGCCAAAUACAAGCAGUUUCUAGACCGAGCGAAGUCCAAGCGCUUCUCAGCCAUCAGAAUACCUAAGGCAGAUUCGGACAAACUGUUAACAGACAUCAAGACUAAACAAGCACAGAUGAAAGCUCCUACACAUAGAAACAAGAAGAGGAAAGCUGACGAUGAAGAUGACCAAUCGUACAUGCAACCCAAACUCUCAUCCAAAGAGAGAAGAGCGAUGGAUCGCGCCCAGCGAUCGAAGAAAGUUGGCUCGCGCUACUACGAAACGCACAACGUGAAGAACAGGAACAAGAACAAGAUAAAAGACACCCAAGCAGGAACAUCAGAGGGCAGAAAAGCUAAAAGAGCUAAACAUUAAAGGGUAGUAAUAACACUAUUUAAAAGAAAAGCCUUCAACUGUUAUUUGAAAUGUAAGAUUUGAUUAAAUUUGAUUUUUUUUUUUUUUAAACUCCCUCAGGGAAAUAGUCUGGCCUUAACCUCAAGCAACUUAAUGUAAAGCUAUUAUUUGGACUACA